AUGCCACGUGCCUAUGAUACUGUUGCAAAUAAGUUGUUAUUGCAUCUGCACAUACAUGUAGGUAUGUGUAUUUGUUUUGUAGCAGCAUAGUGCAUGACAUAAAAUUACUAUAAUUUAUAUUAAAUCAAUAAAUAGACAGUCAGAUACAUAAAUAAUGCAAAAAGAGGAAGUCAAAUUUGACUUUGGUUAUCAAGGUGACAAAUAAUUGCUUUUAGUGAGUUAAGUAAAGGUACGGGUAUUUGGUGGCCCUCUUCGACACAGUGGGUUUAAGUGUCUGUUCCUGGCUUUAUGGUCCUGCAUAUCUAUACGUCGCGUCUCUGAAGCUCUCGGCGAAAAACGGAGUAUUUUUUAUUUCUGUGAAACUGUCAGCUUAAGAAGGCACACGACAACUCUGGUGUGCAAUCGGAUCACACUUCAACCAUAUAAACUGAGCAAACAGAAUGUUCCAUGUUUAAAGAUAACAUCGUAUCCAUGCUGCGGCGAGGAAUUCCCUGAUUGUGCUCUAAACCAAGCCGAGACUGGCAGUGUGCGGCAGCUGCAGCAGACUCUUGCGAAGCAAAUCGUGCUGGCUAGCAACGAGAGUGAGGCCAGGCGGGGCUCUCAGAAUGGGGACAAGGUGUCAGAACAUGCUAUUGGGGGGUGACACACCAGCCUUGCGUAUCACAAAACCCACACUCAAAGUUUUGACAGCUUCCUGCCGUCCCCGUCAGAUUUCUGAACAGCACAUGAAUAUCACCUGGCUAUUCCUCUUUUACACUACUUGUUUAUCUGUCCAGUUAUUUAGUUCAUGCAUUAUAUGCCACUGCCACGAAACAAAUUUCACGACGCAUGCCAGUGACGAUGGACCGGAGUCUGAUUCUCCCAGUGAGUUCCCUCCACUCGCUCUGUCCGAUUGCGCAAUCUACCGGCGGCACACAUCAAAGGUCGCGGGGGCGCAGCCUCCUAUCGUCAUAGCAACUUCCGGCCGCGUGUGGGCCCCGGUGCAGGCUGGGGAGGGGGACUCCGGUAGCCAUGGCGGAGAAACAGAAGCACGACGGGCGGGUGAAGAUCGGCCAUUACAUCUUGGGAGAUACCCUGGGAGUUGGCACCUUCGGCAAAGUGAAGAUUGGGGAACAUCAACUGACAAGACAUAAGGUUGCAGUCAAAAUCCUAAAUAGACAGAAGAUUCGCAGUUUGGAUGUAGUUGGAAAGAUUAAAAGGGAAAUUCAAAACUUGAAGCUCUUUCGCCAUCCUCACAUUAUCAAACUGUACCAAGUAAUCAGUACACCAACUGACUUCUUUAUGGUAAUGGAAUACGUGCCAGGGGGUGAGCUUUUUGACUACAUCUGUAAACAUGGAAGGGUGGAAGAAACAGAAGCUUGCCGCCUUUUUCAACAGAUUAUUUCGGCUGUUGAUUAUUGUCACAGACACAUGGUAGUUCAUCGUGAUUUGAAGCCAGAGAAUGUUCUCCUUGAUGCUCAAAUGAAUGCCAAGAUAGCUGACUUUGGAUUAUCUAACAUGAUGGCAGACGGGGAGUUUUUACGUACGAGUUGUGGCUCACCAAAUUAUGCUGCUCCAGAAGUUAUUUCAGGCCGGUUAUAUGCAGGCCCAGAGGUUGACAUAUGGAGUUGUGGUGUGAUUCUUUAUGCCUUGCUCUGUGGGACCCUGCCUUUUGAUGAUGAGCAUGUACCGACCCUGUUUAAGAAGAUCCGUGGAGGAGUAUUUUACAUGCCUGACUAUCUCAAUCGCUCAGUAGCUAGUCUUCUUAUGCAUAUGCUGCAGGUUGACCCACUGAAGCGGGCAACCAUCAAAGAUAUCAGGGAACACGACUGGUUUAAACGGGAUUUGCCAACUUACCUGUUCCCAGAAGAUCCUGCGUAUGAUUCCAACGUCAUAGAUGAAGACGCAGUUAAGGAAGUGUGUGAGAAGUUUGAAUGUACUGAGUCUGAAGUUAUGAACAGUUUAUACAGUGGUGAUCCACAGGAUCAGCUUGCUGUGGCUUAUCACCUCAUUAUUGAUAAUCGGAGAAUUAUGAAUCAAGCAAGUGAGUUUUACCUUGCAUCCAGUCCUCCAAUGGGUUCAUUCAUGGAUGAUAAUGGACUGCAUAUCCCACCUGGUGUCAAAGCUCACCCUGAGCGCAUGCCUCCUCUGAUGGCAGAUAGCCCUAAGGCACGCUGUCCACUGGACGCACUCAACACUACCAAACCCAAACCAAUGGCACUGAAAAAAGCAAAAUGGCACUUGGGAAUUCGCAGCCAAAGUAAACCGUAUGAUAUAAUGGCAGAAGUCUACAGAGCCAUGAGACAACUAGAUUACGAGUGGAAGGUGGUGAAUCCCUAUCAUCUACGAGUGCGUAGAAGGAAUCCUAUAACUGGGAACAAUGUGAAGAUGAGUUUACAACUCUAUCAAGUUGAUAAUCGCAGCUAUUUGCUAGAUUUCAUGAGCAUUGAUGAUGAUGUUAUGGAGCAAAAAUCAGGCUCCUCCACUCCAAAGCGUUCAGGAUCAGCAGCUUUGCUACAUAGACCAAGACUGAGUAUUGAUGCAGCAGCUACUGACGGCCAGCCUUUAACUCCUGUUGGGUCACUUCCCAGCUCACUGACUGGUUGUUUGUCCUCUAUAACUCCACGAUAUGGAAGCCACACAAUGGAUUUCUUUGAAAUGUGUGCUAGCCUUAUCACUACACUGGCUCGUUGAAAAACAUGCUUUCAAUGUGAUGACAUAUCAGCUCUUUAACCCGUAAAGGUGUGAAAGAAAAUGCCUUUUCUAUUUUGCAAAGCUCUGAGUAAUUGUUAUAUAUAGUGCUGGUUUGCAGCUGGUGCUUUUGCUACCUUGAUAUGGUGGAAGCUCAGAGCAAUAUUUGUUCAUUGCCAUUUAGAAACUCUACAGGCAUAGAGUGGUGUUUAAGUUGAAUUUCUUUUUGCCAGCCAAAUCCACAGGAUUAUACGGGUUUUUUCAACAACUGUAAAAGUGUAGAAAAGCGUCAAAUUUCAUUUUUAAGGUGAUGUACUUUAGAAUGUAAAAAGUCAGAGGUAAUGUAAAAGAACAGAUGAGAUGUAUUUAACGAUUUGUUGUAGAGCCAGGAUUGUUCAUAUGAUGUGUUGAUGGACAGAAUAAGUGCAUUUACUCAUAAACCAAGUUGUGAGCAGUUGAGAUAUGAAUUUCUAUUGAGGAUAGUGUGGCUUGAAAGCUAUAAAAACAAAUUGGAUCAUAAAAUUAGGUAACUGAAAUGUGAGCUGGCUGUUAUAUACAAUUAUGAAGGUUUAUUGUCAUUUUAUCACUGAGAAGAAUUAAGUUUACGAAUAGAAAUGUAAACAACAGAAAUUAUUCCAUGUAUCAAAUAGUGUGGUCUUUGGGUUAAAGUGUGAACACUCCUUUGAAAGUAUCUUCUUGUGUGAGGAUUUCUCUUAAGCACACCUUUUAACUUGAUAAGUCAGCAGCAUGCACAGCUAGAUAUAGUUGAUCUUUUGCUGCUUUACUUAAAGCAUUUACUGUAUCUUUAUGGUACGAUUGAGAUUAUAUUCAAAAUGAUCACAAAUGGCCUGUUGCAUUAAACAAAGAUCUCCAAUUAGUUCCCAUUAGAGGCAAAUAUGAUUAACAUUUUGUUUUUAUUAGAUCUCACUAUCAGCUUGGUAAGAUUUAGAAAAUGUACAUUUUCAAAUAAACGCCAAACAACUUUAAGGCAAAACUGCAGGUAUUGGAAUUUGGAACAACAGAGCACUGUAAGGAUUUAGUAGGUCGAAUAGAUGUAAGUGAACAUUUUGAGACAUCACCCUCUCCCCAUCUGAUACCAGCCUCUUCCCAUCAGCCCACUCCCAGCAUACUCCUAUGUACUGGCAACCUUUUGUUUUCUCUCUCAGGUCUGAUGCAGGGUUUUGACCCGAAAUGUCAACUUGCAUCUUCUGCUUCCAUAUAUAUUGCUUAUCUACUGAGUUCUUCCAGUGCUCACUUGAAACAAGUUUAAGAUUAAUUUUCUAAUGCAAGACAGGAUAAUUUAAACCAAUAAUACCCUAAGAAUUGGCUUCCCUUUCAUUGAAUAGUUUUCUUGCUGUAGAUUUAUUUUUCAGUUAUUUUUAGCUUGUUUCUUUCACUGUCAUAGGCUUGGUGACUCUACCUAAUGGCAUUGCCAAUAAUUUGGAUUUUAAAUCAAAAAAUGAGUCUUGAUGGUGAGAUUACCUCUAAUGUAUUCAGGGCUAGUAUUUGUAAAAGGCAGUUAUUUAUUUUCCAAGAAUAUACAGUAUUCUGGGCCUAAAAAUGCAAGCAUUUGCAUACGAACACUAAGAUGUAAUUUUGGCCAAGAUUCUACUGGGUGAAUUCUAGCUUCUGCUAUUAAUCUUGUGCAGGUUGGUAGUGGGGGCAUAAUGUAUGAACAUUUUUUAUAGUGUAUUAUGGUUCACCAAGUCAAAUGGUACAAACUAAGAUGGAGUGGUAACACAAUAGCACUUUCAGAUGAAAGAUUUGUUAGCUCCUACCUGGCUUUUGUUUUACCAAUUAGGCAAUAUUUUGGAAGAAGGAAGGUCCUACUGUACUUGAGGAAUGUGCAAAAUGUGCCCCCACCCUCCCAGUAAAUGGAGCUUUCUGCUGCUGAUUUCUGUUGCAAACACUACCCCCUCCUCAUUGGCACAUACCUCGUGAUGACAAAGAGCAAUGACACUGGCAUAGUAAUAUAAUGGUUGAUAUUUUAUGUAAACUACAAACCUUUAUCUGAUAUUAAUCUAGUUAAUCACAAACGUAAGGCCUUCAUAUUUAUUUUAUAGCUAAUAUGAUGAAAGAUUUUGUAUUAUCUGAAUAAUAUUCUCCAUUUGAAUAUCAAAUUUCAGAGCCAAAGAUGUUCCAUAAAUUUCCUAGAUAUUAAUAAAAAAAAAGUCAAAUUGAAAUUGAUUAGUUUAAUUAUGAAGUUGAACUAUGUGAAGUCCAGUGUUUCUUCUUGUGUUGUAGCAGUAGAAUGAUUCCGCAAUGCAAAAAUCUUAGAUAUGGGGUGAAUACCUCAUGCAAUGUUACAAGGACUUCUGUACAGCACCAAACUGCAUGUUGAAAGAUAUAUAUUAUGCCAAUUUUCCAUUAAUAAAUUUGUGAAUGCAAUGACAAUACUUAAGAGACAAGACUGCAGAUACUGGCUUCUAGAGGAAAACAAACAAUGCUGAAAGAACUUUACAGGUCAAGCAACAUUGAGACAGGAAGAGGGAUGAAUUUUGGUUAAAGACCCUCCAUCUGGUCUAGAUCUAGAAAGAAACUGCGAGUCCAAGGCCUCACUGAUGGAGAAUGGAAGUAAAUAGGGGCUAGAUGUUGAUGGUGAAGAUGAACCAUUUGGGACCAGGGAAUUGAAAAUUGUUUUAAGGCAAGGUGUCUGUAAUAUAAGUGGGAAGGGACUAGUGAGGAAUGAAUGAAUGUUCAGUGAAGGCAAAAGAAGGCAUAAGUAGUGGGCCUGCUGGUGCAGUCUUGUUUGUGAAUCUUGGGUAGGAGAUAGAAAUGACAGUACCGUAUGUGGUUGGAGAACUAUUCGUGUUCGAGGCAAUGGAGGGGAGAUCCGAAGUGAUGAGAUUUGUGAUGAUAUGGCCUGACAAUUAUUUGUAGGGGUCAUGGGCAAGUAGUAGGAAUGAGGUGGUGUCUGAGAGCUGCUGAUUAGCCCCGGCAAGUAGCCGCCAGUCUGUGAUGGGAUUGAUUCAAGAUGGCUUAAUGUUAGUUCCAGUACACAAGUGUAAAAGAAAAUGAAAUAAUUGUUCCUUUGUAUUUGAAAUGGCACAAAAGAACACAAUAAGAUGAGGAAAGCAAUACCAAUGGUAAAAAAAAACAAUAAAUUGAAAUACAAAAGAUAGCUUUUGUAUUUCAUUGAGUGAUGCCAGGCACAGAAGUGUCUGACAUAAGGUGACUGACAGGAAAUGAUGAAGUUGUGGUCGUUGGGGGUCUAGAAUAACAUGAGUAUAGGUGUACAUAGUCUGGCUCUCUCAGAAAGCAGAGGCAUGGGUGAGCUUUCCUUAUUAUGUGUGAUCUGUUCUGGGACCAUGAGAGGUUGUGCGAGAUCUGCACUCCCAAGAGUUUGAAACUGCUAGUAAUAUUCGCUGAUGUAAAGAGCAAUAUAUGUGCUGGUGAGUUCUUUUGUUUUUGACAUUGAGGAAGAGGUUAUUGCCUGGCACCAGGUCUCGAUCUCUUCCACCUCCUCUCUGUAGGCUUUUUCAUUGUUAUUUGUGGUGAAUUCCACCACUGUUGUGUCAUUGGUGAACUUGACAAUGUGAUUACUUGAGUGUUUGGCCAUGUAAUCAUGUGUGAGCAGUGUACAGCAAUGAGCUCAGCACACAGCUCUGGGAACACCCAUGUGGAAGAUGUUGGGAGGGAGGCAUGGUUGUGCAUCUUGACUGACUGAGGUUUGUUGGUUAGGAAGUCCAACACCCAGUUGCACAGUGAUGUAGACAGAGGAGUAGGAGUUUGUUCACCAAGGUCUGUGGGACAAUAGUGUUGAAUGCCAAACUGAAAUCCAAAUCUGACAAGUGUCCUUAUUCUCUAGGUGCAUGACAGAUGCUGUGGCAUUUGUAGUAGAUCAGUUCUGUCGGUAAGCAGAUUGGUGAGUUCCCAGCAUAAAGUAAACGAGAUAGGACUGGCCAGAAGAGAGUGGAGAAGUCAAGGUGGUGGAUGCAGUAUUGACAGUUGGAAUUGAAAUUGCAAAGAGAGGAUAAAGGGUUAGAAAAAGGAGAUGGUGUUAGAAUUUGGAGAAAGGUCAGCACAGUGGCGGGGGGGAGGGGAAGGGAGUUGACAGGGUUGGAGCGGUGUUCAUGAGAACCAUUUACCAAAUGGGUAUGGGUACAGUGCCAAAGACAGGUCUUGGCCUGAAACAUCGACUCUUCAUUACUCAAUGCAGAUGCAGCCUAAUCUGUUGAGUUCCUCCAGCAGUUUGUUUUUUGCUGAACAUUAUGUAAAUGCUAUUUCGAUCGCCAAUGCCACUUAUUGGCUAGAUUUUACUUUCUGAAUGUCAGGGGCAUUCAUAUAUUUACAUGUGCUAUGAAAUUUGACAGCCAAUGAACGUGGGGGCCAGAGAUUUGUCAGCUGUCAGUUUUCAGAGAUACUUGAAUCUUUGCUGCAGGCUUUGAAACACAUUGUGGCUGUGAUAUUUUUUCUCUUUAUCUGGAUUAGGCAAAUUCAAGAAAGAGAAUAUUGAGGUGUGACCAGCGUUGGUGCCAUGUAAGCCUGUAUAUGUACACUAAAUUUAAAGUAGGAUGAGCAUUGCUGCAUUUUUUUAAAAUGCACAAAAUCUUAUCAGAAUAGCUCUGACAACCAUGUAAUUUUAUUCAGCAAAGGAAAUGCCUGUUUCCUAUGUAAUUCCAAAAUCUUCAGUAAAUAAAACAUAAUAGUUAUGUGCUGUAUCUUUUUUUGGUAAUUUAUGUGUUCAGUGAGAAUUAUUGCAAUUUUUAAAGAGUACUAUUUUAACAAGCUAAGAAAAACUGAUCUUUUAUUUAACACUAACCUGAAUUCAUACUUGCUUGAUUCGCAUCAUGAACAUGCUUUUGAGUUAGAAAUUCAUUCAUAAAUGUUUUGAUGGAUGAGUGAUUUCUCAAAUAGCUAGUAUGGAACUAUGCUAAUUGGAAAUAAUAUUUAAUAAUGCCCAUUAAAUCAAGUUACUGUCUUAAUGCUUAGUGUCAAAAUUCCUAAAGAAUUUAAAUGUAAAUACAUCUUAACAGCAAAAUGUUGCAAGAACAAUAAACGACAUUUAGCACUGGUCAACUGAUAGACCAUAAGACAUAGGAACAGAAUUAGGCAAUUCAGGUCAUCAAGUCUGCUAUGCCAUUCCACCAUGGCUGAUUUAUUGUCCCUUUCAACCCCAUUCUCCCGACUUCUCCCUGUAGCUUUUGACACCCUGAUAAUCAAGAAUACAGUAUAAUCAACCUCUGCCUUAAAUAUACACAGUGACUUGCCCUGCACCACCGCCUUUGGCAAGUAUUCCACAGAGUCACCACCAUCUGACUGAAGAAAUUCCUUAUCUCUACUAAAUGAACAUCCCUCAAUUCUGAGGCUGUGCCCUCUGGACCUAGACUCCCCCACUAUAGGAAACAUCCUCUCCACAUCUGCUUUACCCAGACCUUUCAAUAUUCAACAGGUUGCAAUGAGAUUUCCCCUCAUUCUUCUACACUCCAGUGAGUACGGUCCCUGAGCCAUCAAAUGCUCCACGUAUGCCAACCUUUUCAUCUCUGGGAUCAUUCUCGUGAGCCUCCUCUGGACUCUAUAAUGCCAGCACACCUUUUCUUAGAUAAGGGGCCAAAUCUGCUCACAGUACUCCCAAGUGCAUUCGGACCAAUGCCUUAUAAAGCCUCAGCACUAUAUCCUUGCUUUCGUAUUCUAGUCCUUUCAAAAUGAAUGCUAACAUUGCAUUUGCCUUCCUUACUACCAACUUUUGGGAAUCCUGCACGAGACUCCCAAGUCCCUCUGCAUCUCUGAUAAUUUGAAUUUUCUCCCCAUUUAGAAAAUAGUCCAAGCCCUUAUUCCUUGUGCCAAGGAAUGACUUUGCACUUCCCAACGUUAUAUGCCACUUCUUUACCCAUGCCCCAAUCUGUCUAACUCCUGGAGGCAUUCUACUUCCUCAACACUGCCUGGUACUCCACCUAUUUUCAUAUUGUUCACAAACUUGGCCACAAAGCCAUCAAUUCCUUCAUCAAAAUUAUUGACAUACAAUGUGAAAAGAAGCAGUCUCAACUCUGGCCCUGGCGGCACAGCACUAGUCAUCAGCAGCCAACCACAAUAGGCCUCCUUUAUUUCCAUUCUUUGCCUUCUGUUGGUCAGCCAAUCUUCAAUCCAUGCUGGUAAUACCAUAGACUUUUGUUGAGCAGAAUCAUAUACGGCAGCUUGACGAAGGCCUUCUGAAAAUCCAAGUAAAUCAACUGACUCUUUUGUCCAUCCUGCCUGUUACUUCCUCAAAGAAUUCCAACAGAUUUGUCAGGCAAGAUUUACCCUUUAGAAAAGCAUGCUGAACUCGGCCUUUUUUAUGAUGUGCCUCGAAGUACCCUGAGACCUCCUUUCUAAUAAUAGACUCCAACAUCCAGUGAUUCUGGAAAGAUCAUUACUAAUGCCUCCACAGUCUCUUCAGCUACCUCUGUCAGAUCCUUUGGGUGUAAUCCAUCUGGUUCUGGUUACUUAACUACAUUCAUGAUUUUCAGUUUCCAAAGCACUUCUUCUUAGUAAUAGUAGACACUCACUUAUGCCCCCUGGCUCUCACAUUUUUGCUAUACUGCUAGUGUCUUCCACAGUGAAGACUGAUGCAAAAUACUUAAGUUCAGUCACCAUUUCUUUGUCCCCCAUUUCUGCCUCUCAAGCUGCAUUUUCCAAUAGUCUUAUAUCACUCUCAUCCCUCUUUUACUCUUUAUAUCUCUUAAAAAUACCUUUUGUAUCCUCUUUUACAUUGUUGGCUAGCUUACCUUCAUAUUUGAUCUUUUCUCUCUGUAUGGGUUUUUAUUUGCCUAUUGUUGGUUCUUAAAAGCUUCCCAGUCUUCUACAUUUCCACUGAUUUUUGCUGUAUUAUAUGCCCUUUCUCUUGCUUUUAUACUGUCUUUGAUUUCCCUUGUUAGCCAUGGUUGCCUCAGCCUCCCUUUAGAAUUCUACUUCAUCUUUGGUAUGCAUCUUUCCUGCACCUUCUGAAUUUUCCCCACGAACAGCAGCCAUUAUUGUUCUGCCAUCAUCCCUGCUAGUGUCCCCUUCCAAACAACUUUGGCCAGUUUUCUCUCAUGCCUCUAAUUCUCUUUACUCCACUGUAAUACUGAUACAUUUGAUUUUAACUUCACUUUCUCAAACUGCAGGGUGAAUUCUCUAACAUUAUUAUCACUAGCAACUAAGGGUUCCUUUACCUUAAGCUUCCUAAUCAAAUUUAGGUUAUCCAGAAUUGCCAUUCUCCUUGUGGGCUCUACCAGAAGCUGCUCUAAAAAGCCAUCUUGUAGGCAUUCUACAAAAACUCUCUUGGGAUUCAGUAUGAACUGGAUUUUCCCAAUCUACCUGCAAAUUUGAAUUCUCCAUGACUAAUACAUUUCCCUUUUUACAUGCCUUUUCGAUUUCCCGUUGUAACUUGCAGCUCAUGUCCUGGCUACCUUUCGGAGGCCAGUAUGUAACUCCCAUCAGGGUCUUUUUUUUCCCCCUUGCAGUUUCUUAACUCUACCCACAAGGGUUCUACAUCUUCUGAUCCUAUGUCACCUCUUUCCAAGGAAUUGAUUUCACUUUUUUACCAAUAGAGCCACCCCACCUCCUCUGCCUACCUGCUCAUCCUUUCAAUACAAUGUGUAUCCUUGCGUGUUAAGCUCCCAACUAUGAUCUUCUUUCAGCCACGACUCAGAUGCCCAUAUCAUUAUACCUGCCAAUCUCUAAAUGCACCACAGGGUCAUCUACCUUAUUCCAUAUUCUGCAUAUAUUAUAGAUUGAUACCAAUAAAAAGUAAUAUACUACCUCUUAUUCUAGCUUUCUUAUGUAAUUUUAAUUAGUUAAAUGCAGAAUCAAUUUAGUGAAACCUUGCAGCACUCAUUGUUGAUAAGGAAUGAGUCAGGUUUUAAGAUGAUUAAAAUACAGCCCAUGUUCUGAUUUCUUCCUUAUUUGAUCAAUCUUCCACAGGCCUUGAUGUUGGAAGUGUAGAACCACAGAUGCAUUGACCAUGUAGUUCUUUAGUCUUUUAAGCAAUUUGAUAACUUGUCAAAACAUACAGAAAUAAAGAUACUGCGCAAGGAUAGCAGAGAUAUUAAAAUGUUUCAGGUGUCUCUAUACAGAAUUUUGGAUGUGUUGCUUGUAAUAUGUUCAAUACAAACUGUGAUGUUAUUUUUUUAAAUAAUGCCAGUAGGAACCACAGUAUGCUGUUUGUUCAUAAAUUGCUAAUAUCUUGAAGAAAACACUAAGUUUUUAAAAUUCUUCAAGGUUGAAGCAGAGAAACAAAAGCAUUGUAAAUAUUAUACUAAUAAGGUUGAGUUUUUAAAUUUAUUGUUCCAACUGAAUUUGCUGAUUGCUGGUAUCCACUUUUAAACCUGAUUCAUCAUGUUUAAGACUUGAAACAGGUUUGUAAAUCAAUUUUGCACAAAUGUAGCUAACUAUUAAUACCUGAAUGCAGUUGACAGCUGAUGAAACCAUUACUUUUCUGAAGUACAGUAUAGUCUCGCUGAGUAGAAUAGAAUAGGACUUUGUCAUUGCUCAAGAAAGUGAGAUUGUGGUGCUACUCUUAUCCAUAUAAAUCAGCUGUUUACAAUGCAUGUGGUAUGGUUUAAUUAAUAAAAACAAAUUCCCAUAUUUAUAUGCAAAAAGUGACUUUGAUAGUCCAUAAUACUCAAAGGAAAUUGGCAGGCUGUGGUGCAGCAUUAUUCAGCUGUAUAAUGGCCCUCGGGAAGAAACUGCUUUUCAAACUUACUCUCGACUAAGAUGUUUCUGUAUCUCCUACCAGAUGGCAGGAGACUGAACAGACUGUGUCCAGGAUGGGAUGGGUCUUUAGGCAGAAAACAUUAGCGACUUAUUUUAGCAGCUGAUGGGGGGAAACAAUGUUAGCCGAUGUUUCAAGUUUAACUUGGCAUCCUGUUCCUGCAUUCUUACUGUAAAUCCCUGUAUUUACUCCCUGUUCAUUUAGUGUACUUACAGCUUUGAUUCAGCUAGUAGAACUUGCCUUUUUUCAGAACAUUGUUGGUCUAGUCUUGCUCUGGAUACCCUUGACAAUGAGAUCUAAGCUGAUACUCAAGUACUACCAUUGCAGAUGCUGUCUUGUUUUCGUAGAUGAAAUGUUGGCACUCAAGUUCUAUGGCUAUUAUUUUUGAAUCAAUAUGACUCUAUUCAAUCUAUAAUUUGGUCAUUAUUACCUCACUAUUUCUAUUUGAAUACAUUGGUUGUGCUGUUUUGUACAUUACAUCAGUGACAGGACUCAAUAGUUAUUAUAAAGAGCUUUGGGAUUUUCCCGAGUUUGUAUAAAUGCAAGUCUUAUCUAAAUUUGUUUUUUUUCUCCUCUGCUAAAACUAUAUAGCUUGAAUUAAAAUUGAGUUAUCUGCUAAUCAUAAUGCAAAUUAGAGCCAAAGAAACUAAAAUACACAGAAAACAUGGGCUCCAGAGAGUAUCCACAUUAUUAUGUAUACUACGGAAAGUACAUUGUGCAGGAAUGUUCAAUCAUACUUGGAAGUUGAAUUUCUCUAAUGUAAUUUUCCUGUGCCCAACUGUAAGGUAGCAUUUGGUUAAAUAGCAUGAUUGCACCAAUGGUGUCAUUUUGUAAAGAGGCAGUUUAUAGUCAAUAUAAGGGUUGUGUGUAUGGUAAUGUGGUGCUUGGAACUACUUUCUGUACUGUUUGCCAGGUAGUAUGAAGUUUAAUCCUUUCCUAAGUUUCUCACUUUAUAAUAAAUUACUGUGUUGGCUGGGAGUGCUUCUGAAUGCCAGAGUUCAAAGGGAGUACACUGGAUUCCAAUUAAUUUGGUCACAUUGGGACCAGCAUAUUUUGGCCAAUUUAGCCAAGGUUUCAUGAAAAUACUUAAAAAGGUAUAGGAAAAAGCAAAUGAUCAUUUAACUGAUUAACAAAUUAUGUAUUUAAAUGACAUGCAGAACAAAUUGAAACACUACCAAUACUACUACAGUCCUAUAAAACUGUUAGUUCCUAAUUGUUAUUGUAGGAAUUCAUCCUGAGUACACUGUUGUUUUUCUGAUUGACUAUAAAUGAACAAAAUCAGCACAGUCACUUAAUACAAAUAAUGGGCUGUCUUUAUACAAUGCUUUCAAUGACUGCAUCCUCCAAAUCUUCAUUUUCAUUGUAACUUUCAAGAUGAUUGUUGAUGCCUUCAAAUUUUUAAUAGUUCCUAACUUGUUGAAGUAGUGAAAUUGUUUCAUUUUCACUCCUGACAGUUUUUAGCAUCUCCAAGCCAAAAUCCUGAAACCCCAAUGAGCAAAACAGUUCUGAAUUCUUACUGUUUAUUUCUCACUAACCAUCAGUGACAAAAAUUACUUUAUUGAACACCAACACAUGCAACUGACUCUAUUUAAAAACUGAUUACUCUUAAGUAUGGUGUACAGUGUGUAACGGCCACACAAGAGCACAUGACAGAUACUAGUUAGAAACAGUUCGGCAACAGCCACUUGUCCCAUUAAAGCGGUGUAGUGUUCCAAAUAAACGAAGGGAAUUCCAGCUAUUUUCUUGAUUAGCUUUUGUUACUUAAGAAUUGUCCCAAAUCAGCAGCUGCCCUGAUCAACCAAUAGCCCAAUUAACUGGAAUCCACCGUAUUAUAAAUGCAGUUCUUUUACCUCCCUAACUCCGUACUAAAGUUGUGUGAAGGAGGAAAUUCAAGUAGAAUGGAAACUAAGUGGCAAGCAUUAUUAGAUGAAGGGGUAAAAGUGCAGAAUCUGUCACUUCUGGCUUUCUCCUGAUUGGCCUAAUUUAACUUGUUAAUGACUAUGUUCUGCUGCCUAGGAACAUCAGUACUUGAAUAAUCAUUGAUCAUUUUCAGAUUUUGGUGUAAAAGUGACCAGUCUUGUUUAAAGCAGAUUCAUUCUUAUUAGCUUAAAAUAUUUUAAUCAAUGGACUUCCAUUUUGAAUGCAAUCUAUGUAUGCUUUUUAAGUGAUUUUUAUUGAAUUAAUUUUUUCAGUGUCCUUCUGAGAAGUAUUAUUUGUACCUUUCAUUUUAUUUGAAAUUGUAGCCUAGCGCAUCCAUUACUUCAGAUAUUCCUGGAUUUUAUUAAGAAAAUAGAAACCUGUAAUUAUAUAAUGACUGACUGUGUGACAAUGUUAUUUAACGAAAUGCCAGCUUUACAUGUUUCUGAGGCAUCUAAUAAUAUGGUAUAAGUGAAUAGUAAAGCAGUUCAGUUACCUAGCUAAAUGAUAGCAUCAGUUUAACUAUUGUUCUCCAUAUUUAAACUUACAAAUGCAUUGACUUUUUUGGAGUAGUUUUUAAUGGUGCUGUGAAAUGCAAAUAGAGUUGUUAAUCGAACUACAAAAGUAAUUAAACCAAUGGCCACACGUCAGAUUAAAGUAUUAGACCAUGGAAACUUUAAUUGCUUGGUUUUUUCAGUGUUAUCAGCUUCAAAUAUCACAUGAUGGCUUGUAUAUCAUGACUGAAACACAGUGUAUUUUGUCUGCACUUAGCAAGCUGUAGAUACUGAUGAACUUCAAGUAUUCAGAAUAAUACAAAGCUGUGAAAAUUUAUUUUGAAAUAAUUUUCAUAUAUUUAUGUAGAACUCAACAUUUAUAAUGUUUGGAGUGAACUUUUGAAAGGGAAUUUUGGUUUGAGGUAAAUUUUAUGUUAUUUGUUGAAUACACUGAUGCCCUAGGCAGAAUAAUUUUAACAUGAAGAACUUGGCUCAUUAGUGCAUUUUUGAGUCAAAGAUGUGAAUUGGAAAUGAAAAUAUCGAACUGUUAAUAAAUGGAGUCAGCUGAUAAAACCAAGCCAUAUAACACUACUAAUGCGCUUCUUCAAUCAUUAUUGAAGUAAAACAAGUGGCAGAAUUGUUAGAUAGAACUGUGUAUGUAAGGUAUUAAUUCCAUUUUCCUUUCUUCCUGGUCAAUCACUGCAUUAUAGCAGUAGUGAAGCAUAUUGGCUAUAUGUACAGUUCAUUUGCACCAGAGUAGGGAUGCCUGUUGUGUCACUAUUAAUCCAGAUAAGACUGACAUGUAUUUUGCCAAAGAUCUCAAGAACAGCCUAAAGUGGAUCAUCCUCUUUAACUGCAGGCUGUAAGUAUUUGCAAACAUGUCAGUCUUUGUUUUUGCACUCAUUUGCUGGGCUCUGCCUUCAUUGAGGAUGAAGGUUCAUGGUGCUCCUCUCUUGUAAUUUAGUGUAGUUUUCUAUCUACGUAUGUGAGCAGGCUAUUGUUUAAAGAAUACUACUCCUGCCGUUAAGGUAUGUGUUGUAAAAUCAGUGUUGGUAUCUCAUUUUUAAAAGUGCUUAUACUGCUUUACAUUUAAUUUCUACAUUCCUCAUUGAACUGGAAUUGGUUUUCUGGCUGAAUGGUACUCAUUAAGAGAGAUUUACAGGACCACGAGUUUUGAAAUUGUUAGAAUAUGAUUUUGGUGCUGUUUUACAAUUGGCUCAGAGAGUUACUGUGUUUUGCUUCAUAUCAAGUAACAGAUCACAAAUAUUGAAGUACGUACCAAGUCUGACUUUUUACCUUUUGUCUCAAGAUUGGUGGUCAAUGUCACUAAUACUAUCAUGAACAAAUGCUUUCUUUUUAUGCAGAUUAGCAAGGAUUGAUUCGUGUAAUGUUUCCUCUCAUUGAAUUUUGCAGGCCCAGACUUAGUACUGUUCAGCAAUCUGGAUUACUAGCUCAGAUUAUUAUUUAAAAUAGAAAUGUAACAUGGAUGAACUGUAAUUUGAAAAUCAAGGUUAAAAUUAUCACUAUUUAAAAUAAAGACUGUUAGUUAUCACUUUUUUAUAUAAACGAGUAUAAUUUCUUUAAAUGAACAUCUAACACUCCAGUGCUAGAAAGUCAGUUGGCAGUGAUUAAUAAAGGCAAACAAAAUUGCUUUAAUUAGUUUAAGUUGGAAAAUUGUGCAUAUUUAUAUGCAGGAAGGAUUGACUAUGCUGUGUGAAGUUGAUCAUGUAAUGCAACUUUCUGCCUUUUAUAGUUUGGACCCAUCAUACAUGGGAAAGCAAUACGUCGAUUUUGGCCCACGUUAUAAUUAUCUGCUGUUGUUGCCUUAAAACUUGGAUAUUAUUUCAUCCCAGUAGCUUUAUCAUUUUAUACAUUUAUAUAAAGAUAUUCAUUUUUCUUAUUUGCAAGACUCAAAUAACUGAAAGUGGAAAAACUGCUGGAGCUGCUCAGUAGGUCAGACAGCAUCUGCAUAGGAAAAUAGGUUGAUGUUUCUACAAUGGAAAUAUUGACUUUGCAAAAGAUGCCAACUGAUUUGCAGAUGUUCAUGUUUUUAUUUCAGAUUUUCGCAAUGUUUUGUAUUUGUGUAACAAUAUUAAAUAAGUUGGUUUUCCAGCAGAAAUUGUGAAAGUAAUGCUAUUUCUUGUUUCUAAUCUAUUAGUCAUGUAUUUGUAUAAUUGCAAUGUGUCAAAUUUUGUGUGUUACUCCUCUUGGAGGUACAAUGAGUAGGAACAGUUCUAAAACUCUGUGAAUUUGGAGUGCCUAAUACUACAUUCUUUAUUUUAUGACAGUUAACCUCGACUGGAAUAUUGAUAUUUUUGCCAUCAAUUACUCCUUGAUAGGUUUAUAAAAUUUAUAUUUUUUAAAAACCAUUUCUAGGUUUGUUUUCAUCAACAUUAAUACAAAGUUCCAUGCUCUGGUAUUGCUUUGAUUUGGUGAAUAUAUGGCCCAGUCAGAUUCCAUUUUGAUUAAAUUAUUAACCCGGGAUAUAGUUUAAAAACACUACUUAUCCCAGAAAUUACAGAAAGGUGGUGACUGUAUACGAUAUCAGGUAGCCAAGUAGGAGCUUGUACCUUCAUUUUCAUGGCUUGAGCCUACUAUAGAUUUUAUAGGUUGUCAAAUCUCUUGUCUGCUGUAAUGCUUCUUGGGAUACUCUCAUAUACACUACAGAAUUAUGGUCUUCCAUAUUGACUCUGGUAACUCAAAUGCAAAAGAAUAGCUGUUAUUUCUUGGAGUAUACAUUCAGUGGUGGAUUAGGGUUCAAAUUGAGGGUAUGCACAAAAUUUUAUUACAUUGCUAUAGCUGCAAAUGUGUCAAAUGGGAAGUGUAUGCAUUCAGUACCAGGUUGCUCUCACCUUUAACAGCAAAUUAUUUACCAAUAACAUAAUACAUUUGAUUAGUUUCACUAUUUCUGCAUGAUGAGCACUGAGUUGACAGUUUGUGACAUGUACUUUUGUGAUAUCAGAAGCCACUGGCUAUGCUGAUUCGUGUGCAACUUGUCUUUGUUUUUGAAAUGUAAUGCACUGCAUGAUACCAUGGUUGCUAUUUGCACUUUAAUAAAAUCAGAAUACUAUG